CUCGAUAGUAAAGCGCUGAAACGUAAAGCACAUAUAGGGCGGAGCGGUAUGAGCUCGAGGCAGUAGGCUCACAACCAUGUCGGCAGCAGCAGUGACAGUCGCUCUCAACAAAGCCCUCGCGGAAAUCGCCGCAAAUGAGGGCUUUAAAAAGCCUGGGUUCCAUUUUGACUCAGAUGACACUCCACCAGACGGAUUUACAAGCCUCGUACAUCGCGUAACCAUCACGGACAAGGAAGACCGUCAGAAGCCGAGUCUCUCUGUCAUCAGCAAAACAUCCAUAGAUGUCUUGGCGGGUGAUCUGAAUAGCCAGUUCUACGCCACCGAAGGUCACAUGUACAAAACAGUGCUCCCCGCCAUGACGAAAAUAGCUGGAUUCAGCGACCCUUUGCCCUGGCCAAGUGGCCGCCGAAGCGGCCCGUUCCCUGACGCGCCUGUCCUCAGUCCCAAAGUUUUGGAUCGGUCCGUGGCUUGCAGGUGCUAUUACACGUCCGAGCCCGGCACGUCCCCCGAUAUGGUGACGCUGGGGGACCUGGGCCCCGAGGGCUUCGUGGUGGCGGACCGCUCGGUGCGGAUGGACGAGGCGCACUGCCGCCUCGCCCUCGCGCAGCUCGCCCGCUUCCACGGCGCGGGCCUGGCCCUGCAGGCGCUGCGGCCCGACGCCUUCGAGGCCAUGCGGAAGGGCCUGCACAACCCGUGGCCCACGGAGGAGAGCAGGGAGCGCGUCAUGCCCUUCUAUAAAGGCAUCAAAAUAACGCCAGAUGUGGUUCAAGACAAAUUCCCCGUGGGUUCAGAAGUCAACAAGAGGCUUGUGAAACUCUUCGACGCGUUUGAGUCUAACAACGGGGCUUUCAUGGAUCCUGUCGCUGGACCUGGCUUUACCCUCAUCCACUCCGACUGCCACGUCAACAACAUGCUGUUCCAGUACGACAAGGCCUCGGGCGCGGUCAAGCAGUGCCGUCUCAUCGACUUCCAGAUGGUGUUCCACGGCAACCCCGCCAUCGACGUGGUCCUCGUCCUGUUCGUCUGCACCGACAAGCCCAUGCGGGACAAGCACUGGGACGCCCUGCUGCGAGGCUACCACGACGAAGUGCAGGCCGUGCUCAAAGCGUGUGGCGUCCCCGACCCCGACGCCGUGUACCCGUGGCAGCUGCUGCAGGACCAACUGGUUACGGCCUCGACGUACGGCCUGUGCAUGACUCCGCUCUACCACUGCGGCGUAUUCGCGGGCCCUGAGGUGGUGAGCGAGGUCCGAGACUUCUUCAACAUCCCGGAGAACAAGACCAAGACGUUCCCGAUCCGAGUGACGCCCACGUUCAAGUCGCGCAUGGAGGGCCUCGUGGAGGACGUGGUGCGGUGGGGGUGGCUGCCGUCCGAGGAGGAGGUGGACCGACGAGUGGCAGCCCAUGCGGCCCACGUCAACGCUACACUGUGAAACUCGACCUCCGGACUGUACACUGGUGGAACUAUAAGGCUUUGCGCCUUUCGUAAGGCGUUCUGUCUGCACGUCCUUCUUGAACCUGUCAGCGCUCAUGCGCUCCUUCUUUAUGCACGGCGAUACGCACUUUAAUGUCUAUCAGCCUUCUACAGUGAAUUCGGCGGAAGCAUGCGAGAAAAUGUUUCUUCAUAAUACGAAUCUUUUAAGUAUUUUUAUCCUAUGAUAAAGUUGAAAACCUUCGCACACUGUCAGACUGUUAUUGACAUUUUUUCUUUUGUUAAAGAGUAUUUUACACUUUAACAGAAGGUAUUAUUUCCUCAAUAUCUAUGUAAGAUUUUGCUCGUUAUACUGACAAAUUAAUUGUCGAAUUAAUUGAGAAACAGUCAAUACGCAAAUGACUUUUUAAAAAAAAGUCGCUUAUCGAUGACGAUUUAGUCUUUAUAGUGAACAUCAUUGUACAUGUACAUGGUUACUUAGCAAAUACUACAUAUUAUUGCUGCGUAAAAAACUACGCAAGGAUAAAAAGUAAAUAAUGGAGAGAAAAAAGUUAAUACGAGUCUGAGAGUGCAGUAUGGAAGGAAACUACCUUUUGUGUUGUACUUGCGCUAUUUCCUUCGUGCAAUGUGGGAAAUGUUGUAUGAAGUAGUUGUACGCUUCAAGAAGGGCGGUAGGUCUUCAAGCGUAGUUGAAGAAGUUGAAAUAAAAAUAAGGCCUAGAACUACGCCUUAGUUUUGCCAGUGUAGGAAAAUGCAUCCGGAAAGAAUGUUGCGGAAGGAUCUUUUGGAAUCUUUCGGCUUAACUAUUGGAACAUUCAAGAAAGUUCAUCGUCAACUACGAAGAAUUUUUGUGAACUGACGAAGGCACAUUUGGCAACUUCAACCUUUGCCAAUUCUUUCUUGAGUGCCACUAAACGUUUAGGUAGGAUUUUGUACGUGCAACUAGCACGAUUUUGUGCAUGCGUGAAAUUUGCAUAAAACCAUGCGUAAAGAUGCAUAAAUUUAUGCAAAUUCACGCACAAUUUUGUGCACGACGGUACACAGGUUUACAAUUGAUCCAGGAAGCGGAAGAAGGGUUUAAGUCGAGUUGAUUCAGUGACCUCUUAACAGUCUAUCAAGUAAACAUCAGUGAAAAUUUGGUCCAAAUAUAAGUGUGGUGCGAUAAGUCCCAUCCUCUUGCAUCUAUUUUUAGAUGACAUUCCCCACCUGUUCUCCCACCUGCAAGGUUAAGGCCUUGCAAAAGUGCACGGUUUCAACUCGACUUACCCCCUUCUUCCGCUUCCUGGAUCAAUUAUGCAUCACCACGUACAAAAUUUUACAUAAACAUUUAGUGUGAACGCUCAAUUUAUUUCUUACAUUGAAGGAAUACUAAUAAAACAAGGGGAAAAUAGUGCGAA